AACUCUCGUUUCCUGCUUACGCUCGAACUGAGGAAUAUGUCUGCCACCAGAAACUCAGAAGCAGAUGGGAAUAUGAAAGAAAGCAGCAUGCAUUUUAAGAAAGCUUUAUCCGCAGCUCCGGCUCUCUCCCUGAAGAUUAUUGCCGAAUGCCCUGUGACCAAAGCAAGAGCCUGCGACCUGACUCUGCCUCACUGCACAGUCAGCACGCCGGUUUUUAUGCCUGUUGGGACUCAGGGGACCUUAAAGGGGAUCACUGUGGAUCAGCUGGAGGGUCUCGGUUGCCAGAUCUGUUUAGGAAACACAUACCACUUGGGUAUGAGGCCGGGAACGGAGUUGAUAGAGAAAGCCAACGGUUUACAUGGGUUUAUGAACUGGAAGAGAAAUCUUCUAACUGACAGUGGAGGAUUCCAAAUGGUGUCUCUUGUUGAACUAUCAGAGGUUACAGAGGAAGGUGUCAAAUUCAAGUCCCCUUAUGAUGGCAAAGAGAUCUUAUUGAGCCCUGAGAAGUCCAUCAGCAUACAGAACAGCCUGGGGUCAGACAUCAUGAUGCAGCUGGAUGACGUGGUCAGUAGUACUGUGAAGGGACCGCGGGUGGAGGAAGCCAUGCAUAGAUCCAUUCGCUGGCUGGACCGCUGCAUAGCUGCUAAUAAACAUCCAGACAAACAGAACCUUUUCGCCAUCAUCCAGGGAGGACUCAAUGCAGAGCUCCGCAAGGCCUGUCUAGAUGAAAUGAUUCAGCGGGACGUUCCUGGGUUUGCCAUUGGUGGCUUGAGUGGAGGAGAGGAGAAGGACGAUUUCUGGCGGAUGGUCACACUGAGCACUGACUACCUGCCACGGGAAAAGCCUCGCUACCUGAUGGGUGUCGGGUAUGCUGUGGACCUGGUGGUGUGUGUCGCUUUGGGAUGCGACAUGUUUGACUGCGUCUUCCCAACCCGCACUGCAAGGUUUGGUUCUGCCUUGGUGCCUUGGGGGUCUCUUCAAGUGAAGCAAAAGCAGUAUGCCAAAGACUUUCAGCCCAUAGAUCCUGACUGCCAGUGCCCCACCUGCAAAAGACAUAGUCGGGCUUACCUGCAUGCUUUGUUCAAGAGUGACACCGCGGCAAUGCAUCACAUCACCAUUCACAACAUUGCCUACCAGCUUACUCUGAUGCGUUCUGUGAGGCAGAGCAUCGUGGAAGGCCGCUUCCCUGAGUUCAUACAGACAUUCAUGAAGCGAAUGUUUCCAUCCAGGGAUCAGUACCCCAGCUGGGCGGUGGAUGCUUUGGCUUCUGUCAACGUGACUUUGGAAUAGGACUUUUUAAGCCCAAAACUCCAAAUGGAGAAACCCGUCAACCAUGGACUGUAGGAAAAAAAAAAAAAAAAAAACAUUUUUGUACCCUUUUCUUAAAGAUUUUUUUAUAUAAGCUUUUUAAGCUCUUUCCAGUUUUAUGAGAACAAUUUAAUUCGCUUCUGUUAUUUCAGUGUCUGACAUUAUAAAAAUAAAUUGGCUUUAAAGGAUGAUUUAAACGCAUGAACAUUUCCUUUGAAAUUCACAGUUUUUGUUACCAUGGUUACAGAGGGAUGCCCUCCUAUUUCCUUUUUUUAUUUCUACUUUCCUCCUAGUCUUUUUAUACACUUCCUGUAAUGUAUUUUAGUUUAUUUGGUUUCAGCAUUUCUUUGCUAUUCUAAGUAAUAUCUCCCUAGAUUUUAACCCUAGACUCAACACAUCAUGCAAGAACUGAUUAAAGAUUAUACAUUUGCUCCAUGAUGGCCACCAGAGGGCAAAAUGGAUGCAUUAUCCUCCUCAUCUCUGUCCAAAAAAACACAAUAAAACCCAAAAACCAAGUAAAUAAGUUAAAUGAAAGUGGAGAGGAAAAAUUGAAGUGUACAAGCUAAAUGGUUUUAAAUGGUUUUGAGAUAGGAUCAACACCUGAGCUCAUAUAAGUGUUAAUUUGUCAGGGUCAGAUCGUGGAGGACUCAUUUUAAUUAAUGGAGGUUAAUUUGAAUAACAUCUGUUGUCAGUCCUCCUAAGUACCCCAUUUGAAUUGCAUUACUCCUUCUCUUAUGACCCGAGGCUCUCCAAGAUUAAUCCCAUUUCAUUUUUAUGGGUUGUCUAUGAGCUCAAAUAUACCAGAGACCUUGGCUGUUUCAUUCAAAAUGUGAGCUAGUGAAAAAUGAGUUGAAAUAACAUAUAUGGGCUUUUAAAAACUAUAUAUUAAAAGAAAAAACUUUUAUAUUGUUUAAUCAGUGUUAUUUCUGAUAGGAUUAUAUCUUUAAAAUGGAAAUGAGUUGAUUUCCCCUCAUCUUCCACCUCAGCUGGGUAUAAUUAAUUAUAUUCAGUUUAUGGAUGAGAGAACAGAAGCUCUGAGCUCAGUUGGCAAACCAUGCAAGAUCAUGUUAAAUGUCUUCAAAUGAAUAUACACCAUUUAAGCUCUGCAAUAAAUCAGCCGGUGAGUUCUCUUGUAUAUUUCAGCUGCGCUGUUCUAAACUUAAUUAUAGCUUACUCACUUGAAAUGACUAUUUAGUUGGUACAUGCAGUUAAAAAUGCGCCUCUGAACGCCUCCUUGGUGUGACUGACAUUCUUGGGGGUCAAAGCAAGGGCGUAGGUUUGAUUUCAGCUUUGGUAGGGACACUAUUGGUCU